ACAAGAGGGAGGGGGAGAACAAGAAGGAGGAGACCAGCACUUACAAUCAGAGGAUGAGAGGAGGGAGGUAUUAUUGUUUGUGUGCCUCCUCCUCCUCCUCUUCACACGCACUGCAUAGACCUGCCAUCCCUGCAUGCUUCUCAUUAUCACACAGUGUUCUUGCGGGCUGGAUUUGCUGCCUCUAUACACCACUGACAUCUCCUUAUGCCAGGCAGCGCUGCAAGUCACCGCUGCUAGUUACAGCUGCCAGUCACCCCCGGGCGCUGCACUUCACACACGUGCGUCCUGUGCGCUCUGUAACCUUGCGAGUUACCUAAGCCUGCAGCAGUGCUUUCGCGUCUACCCAAUGCUGGCACUGGACACUGGGCGCAAGCUACUUUGUAGCAAUGAACUCGGAUGUCCAAUUUCCUGAGGCAACUUUGUUCCAUUACUUGGCAAGCUUUGGAUCACUUGCUUGGAAGAGGCUGAUGCUGUGGGACUUGCUGGACUGAGUGAGGGUGUACUAGGAGCGCAUUAGCCUGACUGUCACAAGCACUUGCGCCUCAUCCCGGAGUGGAAAAUGCACUUGCUGAAAGUAGCACUACUUUUUCUAUACACAGUAUUAAUCCAGGGGGACACCGCUUAUGAGUCAGGGCAAGGCUAUUACGACGAUCCGGAAUUUGGUGACAUCAAGGAUCAACCAGGCAAGGAGCUGGAAGAGCAGCUGAGAGCCGUGUCCAGUGUGGAUGAACUGAUGACAUUGCUUUACCCUGAAUCCUGGAAAAUGUUCAAGUGUCAAUUAAGGCAAGGAGGACAAUCCGGCUUUGAUGCUAGAAGAGAUGAUAGUGUUAAAUUUGCAGCUGCACAUUACAAUUACAAUGCUGAUAUCUGGAAAAGUAUUGAGAUCGAAUGGAGAAAAACCCAAUGUAUGCCACGAGAAGUGUGCGUGGAUGUGGGAAAAGAGUUUGGUGCUGCAACAAACACUUUCUUUAAACCUCCCUGUGUUUCCCUGUACAGAUGUGGGGGCUGCUGCAACAGUGAAGGGUUGCAUUGCAUGAACACUAGCUCUACGUACGUCAGCAAGACACUGUUUGAAAUCACAGUCCCGCUUUCUCAAGGACCAGUAAAACCAGUAACAAUUAGUUUUGCAAACCAUACAUCUUGCCGGUGCAUGUCUAAGUUGGAUGUUUACAGACAAGUCCAUUCAAUUAUUAGGAGAUCACUGGCAGCAACCCAAAUACAAUGUCAAGUGACAAAUAAGACCUGUCCUAGAAACCUUAUUUGGAAUAACCAUUUGUGCAGAUGUAUACAGCAGCACGACUUUGGGUACGCAUCACAUCAUGAGGAAUCAGACUCCGCUGAGGAAUUCCAUGAUAUUUGUGGUCCAAACAAAGAAUUAGAUGAAGAAACCUGUCAGUGUGUCUGCAAAGGGGGCUUGUUACCAUCAAGCUGUGCUCCUCACAAAGAGCUAGACCGAACAUCUUGCCAGUGUGUCUGCAAAAACAAACUUCUUUCCACGUCCUGUGGUCCCAACAAGGAGUACGAUGAAGAGCGAUGCCAGUGCCUGUGUAAAAAGACCUGCCCAAAACACCAGCCACUGAAUCCUAUAAAAUGUGCCUGUGAAUGUGUGGAGACGCCAAACAAAUGUUUUCUCCGAGCACAGAGAUUCAAUCCUCAAACUUGCAGUUGCUACAGACCACCAUGUAAAACUCGACCGAAACGUUGUGAACCUGGUUUUUAUUAUAGUGAAGAAGUGUGUCGCUGUGUACCCACAUACUGGAAAAGACCACACAUGAACUAGAUGUAGUAACAGAAGAUGUUUCAUAUGCUUUGGAAAAUAAAGAAGACUUUUUCUUAUUCUACUUUCUGGAUCUACUUUUGCAUUGGAUACCCUAUGUGGAGUAAAGACACUUAAACUUUGCAUUAUGUACAAUUCUGGAACCCAAAUCUAAACUUCGACCAAGAUUAUUAUUAUUAUUAUUUUAUUUUUUUUGCAAGGGCUUGAUAGGACAUUUUUCUGCAAUGGCAAAGCAAGUCCAUGUUUUCCCUUGUGUUUUUUUUUUUUAAUCAAGAUAAUGACUAUAUAAUUUAUUUCCACUAAAAAUAUUGUGCAUCAUUUCUGUUUAUAGCAAUAUUAAUGUAAAAGCGCACUGUGAGUAAUAUUUUUAUAUCAUGUAAAAUAUGUUUAAAGUAAAAAAAAACACUUGUACUAUAAGCCACAAAAUAUGCUCAGUUGGAAUCCAUUUCACACCUCAAGAAUACCCGCUUUUAAAAACUAUUUUAUUUUUUUAUUCUAUUUUAGUAUUGUGGAUUUUGCAACUGAGAUUUUAUUCAACAAUGCAAAUUUACCACCAGUAUUUGCACUGCCUUCAGAUUUCUAGGUCUUAAGUUAAUUGGAAGGAAGCACCUGGGAACAGAAGUCUUAUAAGUACUGUACUUUGUUGUAUUUGUAGAGCUAUAAACGUCCAUUGUUUCUUAACAUUCGGAUAUGUGUGCACACGUGUCAUGCGUCGAAUAUAAACUGGGUACAAGUCCGCAAUGGUUGCUGUGAAUUUGAUAAUUCUCAUGGCUAUAUCAUGCAAGCUCCAGGAUUGUUCAAUUUUGGCUUUCAUUAUGACACAAUAUAAUUGGUGAGGGAAAAAUAAACCGGCAUUAUAUUGCGACAUUUGUGAAUUGAUUUAUACCAAAAUAUUUCCUUUCUAGCUCUCAUUACUUUUCCAAUAGUGUUGUGAGGACAAAUAUUUAUAAACUUGAUUGUUAAAAUGCAAAGAAUCACCUGGAAUAUUAGCACAAUGUAAGGAAAGAAGAUACAAUACUGUACCUUAUCUUAUGAAUAGAUGCCAAUUUCAUACUGCACAUAGGUAAUACUGGCUUAAACUGAUCUCUCUAUCUUCUCUAACUAGAACUAGAGCAUAAUUGUGAUCCCAUGCUUUCCUGUGAACCGGCAUGUAAAAACCUGUAUCUGUUAGAUCUUGUGAUGCUCACAGCAGCGCAUAGUAUUUCAGGUUGGUAGUGUACUGAUCUUGUGGGAGGUGCGUGCACUUGUGAGAUUAUUAUAUGGGGACAGGGUUGCAUAUGAUACAUUAAGUAUCACAAUUUGAGGAGUUGAUUGAGGUGGGCAGGAAGAAACAAAUCGAGAGCAAGUUUAAUUUUAACGUCAGCAGAAGAGGCAGUGUGACAGCUCCCACUUUCAUAAUGUCAUCAGAAGAGGCAGUGUGACAGCUCACACGUUUAUAAUGUCAUCAGAAGAGGCAAUGGGACAGCUCCCACUUUUAUAAUGUCAUCAAAAAAGACAGUGUGACAGCUCACAUGUUUAUAAUGUCAUCAGAAGAGGCAGUGUGACAGCUGACACUUUUAUAAUGUUAUCAGAAGAGGCAAUGGGACAGCUCCCACUUUUAUAAUGUCAUCAAAAAAGGCAGUGUGACAGCUCACAUGUUUAUAAUGUCAUCAGAAGAGGCAAUGUGGCAGCUCACACGUUUAUAAUGUUAUCGGAAGAGGCAGUGUGACAGCUGACACUUUUAUAAUGUUAUCAGAAGAGGCAAUGGGACAGCUCCCACUUUUAUAAUGUAAUCAAAAAAGGCAGUGUG